GUUUACGACACUGACAAUGCAAACCCGAAGGAGAAAUUUGAGGCAGAUUUGAAAAAGGAGAUCAAGAAGCUGCAGAGAUAUAUGAACCAGAUUAAAACAUGGAUUCAGUCAAGCGAGAUCAAGGUAUAAAAAGGGUACUGGUGGUUUCAAUUUUCUCCAGUCUCGGCAUUGUUGCUUUAGGUUACAACCCGAGCUGCAGAGUGCAGACUUAUAGCUGAAAUGAAUGGUUGUUGAUAUUGUUUGAGUGGUAGCUGAAAUGAAGGGUGGUUGAUAAUAUGCACAUAACAUAAUGGCCCACCUACUCAUUGUCCCUCCCUCUUCUUGGAAAGCAUAAAUGAACUAACUCUGUAUAUCACUGCAUGCAUAGUAUAUACUACAUACCUUUUAGUUACUGCAGGUGAUUGAGAAGAGAGAGUACCCAACAUGAAGAAAGGAGAACUGAUUUUCAUCCCUUCACCUGUAAUCGGCCACCUUCCGUCGACUGUGGAGGUAGGAAAGCUCAUUGUCAGCCGUGAUGACCGGCUUUCCAUAACAUUCCUUAUUACAGAGCCACGAAGUUUUGACUCCAAACUUGCCUCUUACAUUGAAUCACUUGUUUCCUCCACCUUAUCCAAUCGUCUCCAAUUCAUCAAACUCCCUUGCCUUGAGCCAACACCCUCAGAACAUCCCUUGGACUUGGGUAAGUUGAUCGAGGGCCAGAAACCCCAGGUCAAAAAGCAAGUGACCAAGCUUAUUCAGACCCAAAAUGGUCCUCAACUCGCUGGCUUUGUUAUUGAUAUGUUCGGUACAUCAAUGAUAGAUUUGGCCAAUGAGUUUGAGGUUCCCACCUAUCUUUACUUGACAUCAGGUGCGACUUUCCUAGGAGUCGUGUUUCAUCUACAAUCUCUUCAUGAUGAGCAAAAUGUGGACAUUACAGAGUUUGAUGGCUCAGAUGCACACUUAGAGCUGCCUGUAUUGGCGAACCCAGUUCCAGCUAAGGUCUUACCAACUCCUUUGCUUAACAAGUACUGGCAGCCAUCUAACUUGGCUCAUGCAAGAAGGUUCAGAGAAGCCAAAGGUAUCAUCGUGAACACAUUCAUGGAGCUCGAACCACUUGCAGUGAACUCUCUUCUUAUCCCUCCGGUUUACCCUGUUGGACCUAUUCUAAAUCUCAAGAGUGAUAGUGCUGAAAGAACCGGUGAGGCUGACAAAAAGUCUGAAAUCAUGAAAUGGCUUGAUGAUCAACCUCCAUCAUCCGUGGUGUUCCUGUGCUUUGGGAGCUUGGGAAGCUUUGGUGCAGACCAGGUGAAAGAAAUCGCAUGUGCACUGGAGUUAAGCGGGCAUCGAUUCAUUUGGUCUUUACAGCAAACCCCACCUCAGGUAGCAGCCUUCGGACCUUCUACUGGGUACACUAAUCUUGUAGAAAUAUUGCCACAAGGAUUUGUCGAUAGAACGGCUGAGACUGGUAAGAUCAUCGGAUGGGCUCCGCAAGUUGCAAUCCUAUCUCACACUGCAAUUGGAGGGUUCGUGUCGCAUUGUGGAUGGAAUUCAACUCUGGAGAGUAUAUGGUUUGGUGUUCCAAUUGCUGCAUGGCCAAUGUAUGGAGAGCAACAAUUGAAUGCCUUUCAAAUGGUGGUGGAGUUAGGGUUGGCUGUGGAGAUUAAAAUGGAUUAUAAGAGGUCUUUCAUGGAUAAAUCUGAAGGUAUAGUGAGCUUCAAGGAGAUUGAAAGAGGAAUUACAAGUGUUAUGGAGCAUGAUAGUGAGGUAAGGAAAAAAAUGAAAAAAAUGAGUGAAUCAAGCAGAUUCGCUUUGAUGGAAUUUGGGUCUUCAUACUCUAAUUUAGGCCGUCUGAUUUCUGAAUUUGUGGACAAUAUUUCUUAGUUUGUGGUACUUUUUAUGGUAGACACAACUUGUAAACCCUCUUCUUGUUAUUCGUCCAAUAUUCUUAAAUCAGAUUUUUUUUCCUCAUUGCU